GUCUACUUCAGUUGUAACAAUAAUAUCCUAGAAGUAAAAAGCAUGAAUAUCAAUACUGUUAAAACAUUACUAAAAAUUUUGCCUGAAGAGCUUUAUGUUCAAGAACAAAAAAGAGUGAAUUCGAAAAAUUCUGUCGAUUUAAAAAUUUUGUGCAGCCUAUUAAAACAAAAAGGCCAUGGUAUUGAUAUGACGAUAGUGGAAAAUUUCUUAAAAACAAAAACCAUCGAAGACAACAAACGGGAAAAUGACAGAGUGAGGCAAGUAAUUUUCAAAUGUUUAACAGUUAUAUUUCAAAAAACAAAUCAAGACGAGAGGUUCCAUCAUUUCCAUGAACUUUUACAACUCAUCUACCAUAACAUCAGUCAAAAAUUGUUAGAACUAAAAGCAGUAGAGUCUCUGAUAACUGAAGAAGAAUAUAAGAAGAUAGUAAGGUACUUAAUUCCUUUCGUAAAAUUAGAAAUAAUAUUAGAAAUUUUCGCUACAAAGGAUAGAAGUCUAAGUUACUCUAAAGAUGUGAUAGUUUUGAUUGAAGAGUUGGUAGAGUAUUUGAAACAACCGUUUCUUUUACGGGAAGACGUCUAUGAGAUCGCGAAAAACACAUUACCUGAUACUGAUAACAAUUCCAAAGUUACAGGAUACCGUUUAAAAACAAUGAAGGACUGUGAAGGGUAUUUAAGUGAAUAUGCUAAACUAGAAAUCUCGAUUGAUAAAAAAUGUGUCUAUAGGUAUUUUAUUAAAUUCCUACCGAAGAAACCAAAUAAUCUACAUGAAGUUCUCACCAAACCUUCAUUCAACAAAGAGCUUUUAUUUUACAAAGUGUUCAUUCCAACGUUAAAGCAACUGGGUGUAGUUCAUUUGGACUUCUUGCCUGAAUGUUCUAUGGUGGGUGAAGACUUUAUUGUAUUAAAAGAUCUUGCAGUUGAAGGGUACUCUUCUAUUGACACAUGUUGCUAUGAGUAUAAUCACUUAUUAUUAGCUAUUAGACAGCUGGCAAAAAUGCAUUCCUUGUCUAUCAUUUUUGAAGAAAAAAUAAGCCGAAUACUCGGCGAAAAGGUAGAAAUAGACCAAUGCUUUCCAGGUGUGGUGAUUGAGAGUCAGUUUCUUCGACAUGAGUUAACAGAAGCCCACAUUCACCAUGCUGCGUGUGUUUUGAAGAGAUAUCCACAUUUAGUUAUUAAGAGUACUUCCUUAGAAGAACUUAAAAACAAGGCUGUUAAAAAGCUCAGUGAAAUCUACGAGGUUGUAACAAAAUCUAGACAGUACAGGAACGUUAUAACCCAUGGUGAUUUAUGGACCACCAACCUGUUUUACAAGACUAACUCAAAUAAGCAGCUAGAACACUGCGUUCUUCUAGAUUACCAGUUGAUGAGGUAUGGUCCGCAAGCGUUAGAUAUACUAAUGCUAUUACAUGUAAAUUCUACAAAAGAAGUUAGGCAACAACACACGCAAGAUUUUCUCCAUUUCUACUAUUCCGCGCUCACGUCUAUCUUACACAAUUUUGAUAUCGAUCUAGAAAAAAUAUCUCCCUUUAGUGAUCUAGUGCAGAGUGUUCAGGAGUUAAAACUGUUUGGAGUAUUUGUAGGCACAUUCUUUAACAAUUUUGUAAGUUUACCCAAAGAAAAGUUCCACGAAAUUUUAAAGGAUCCCAAUAUUGACUUCUGGUGCAACCACAUACAGAGAGAAGAAGCUAUUCAAUCACUUUGGAAUGAGGUAGAUCCAGUGUGGAAGAAAAAAAUCGAAGAAAAUGCUGAAGACCUGGUUGAACUAUGUGAGAAGAUAUAAAAUAUUAUGUAUUUACUUUCUUCUUCUUCAGGUGCCAUCUCCGCUACGGAGGUUGGCAAUCAUCAUAGCUAUUUUAAUUUUUGAGGCAGUAGCUCUAAAUAGUUGUUUUGAGCUGCAUCCAAACCAUUCUCUCAGGUUCUUCAGCCAUGAAAUUCGUCUUCUGCCGAUGCUUCUUCUGCCAUCUAUCUUUCCCUGCAUUAUGAGUCGCAGGAUGCCAUACUUCUCGCCCCGCAUCACAUGUCCGAGGUACUGUAGUUUUCUUUCUUUAAUUGUCAGUUCAACUUCCUUCUCUUUACCUAUUCUUCUCAGUACUUCAUUGUUCGUAACUCUAUCUACCCAGGAAACCCUCAUAAUUCUUCUAU